AUGAACUUGUUCUCCCAGACGCAAGAGGAACUGGUCAAGUCAUGGCAGUGCUCCGAGCCACUCCAAACUCAGUCUUGUUUCCUAUUCGACUUUUUGUCUCGCCAGGCAGUCAAGCAAUCAGGCGCCCAGGCCAUCGAUGCUUGGGACGGCCGAUGGACCUACCAGGAGCUCGAUGAAACAUCCACAAUCCUCGCAUCCCAUCUCCAAGCCUGUGGGGUACGGAGUGGGGUGUUGGUCACCGUGUGCUUCGAGAAGACUUGUUGGGCGGUGGUAGCCCUUCUGGCAGUCAACAAAGCUGGGGGAGGCUUUGUUCCGUGUGACCCUACAUAUCCAGUGGAGAGGAGAGAAAAAAUUCUUCAACAGGCUCGCUCGCCGCUUAUUCUCACGUCUGCGAAAUGCGCGGAUCUCUUUGCAGGCCGGGAAAACCCUGCUGUCAUGGUCAUCUCAUCGGCGACUUUUUCAGAACUACAGACAGCGUCCUAUCGACGGCCUGUGGACGGAGAAGCCCCUGCGUAUGUGUUAUUUACAUCUGGCAGUACGGGAGAGCCCAAGGGGUGCGAAAUAUCACACGAAGCCUUUGCCAGUAUUUCGAAUCAUGUCAAGGCGCUCCAUCUGGGCCCCGCCAGUCGCGCACUGCAGUUCGCUUCUUUCUCUUUUGGGAUGGCUAUAAUCGAAAUAUUCUGCGCCUUGGUGGCUGGCGGCACUGUGUGCAUGUUGUCUGAUGAGCAAAGGUUGAAUUCUUUGGCGGGAACCAUGACAGAGAUGAAAAUAGACUGGGCUCUCAUGACUCCAACAGUCCUUGGCUCGCUACAACCACAUGAUCUACCCUAUUUGAAGUGCCUUUUAGUUGCUGGAGAGGCGCUGAAUGAAUCGCAGAUUCAGAUAUGGGGCUCAACGCUCGAGCUUUUCCAGGCGUAUGGCCUUACGGAAUGGACCGGAAUUUUCGCAGUCUCCGACAAAAUCACCAGCAUACGACAACGACGAACAAUUGGCGUUCCGGCUAAUGGCCAGGCAUGGCUGGUUGACCCAAGGGAUCCCCAUAAGCUCGUGCCUGUUGGAGCGGCUGGCGAGCUGGUGAUCCGCGGCCCUGGUCUGGCUUCUGGCUAUUAUCGGGAUUCUGAGAGGACUCGAGCGAGGUUUUUCUCUUCCAAAUGGCUGAAUCACUGGAGUUCGCACGGCGGGAGCAGGGUCUACAGGACCGGAGACAUCAUGCGCUACACCGCAGACGGAUCUUUGUCAUAUGUUCGGCGGGCGGACAACCAAGUCAAAAUCCGCGGCAUGAGGGUAGAACUGAAUGAGGUGGAAUAUAAUCUAAUGCAGCUGAUACCAGAAGCCAGACAAGCUGUUGCUAUGUUGUGGAAGCCACAGGAGCGUGAUGGACAACCGGUUCUCUUGGCCCUAAUCCAAAUGCCGCCGUCCUCCGAGUCGAAGCCCGCGGUUUUGGACAGCACAGAUGGUCAAUUGCUAUUUCUACAGCCCACGGCGGAAAGGAGCCGCGCAAUGGAUACUGCUCUGGAGGGCCUCCACUCUCGUCUACCAGAUUAUAUGGUUCCACAAUACUUGUUGGCUUUGGCUGCCUUUCCAACCACUGUCACUGGAAAAGUCGAUCGUCGGAAGUUAGCAAGUCUGACGAAUGGACUGACGACUGAUGAUCUUAAAUACCUAGCAGGCCGACAAGCUGAACAUCAGGCACCCACAACUGAUAGCGAGCGACAAGUAUAUGACUUGGCAUGUACCGUAUUGGGAGUCAAGUCUGUGAGCAUGGGCGACAACUUCUUCGACCUUGGAGGCGAUUCAGUAGCCGCAAUGAAGAUGGCCGGAUUAGCCCGCCGCCGUAAGAUCGAACUUACGGUGGCAGAUGUCUUCGAUCGUCCCGUGUUGAAAGACCUCGCCGUAGCCAUUCGCCAGCCCAAUGGCUCAAUGACGUCGCAAAGGGUCGCCUUUGGCCUUCUCAACGCCGCCGAUAGGCCAAGGAUCAUCCAUGAAGCGACCAACGCUAUGGAUACUGGCCAUAUCGUGGAUAUCUAUCCAUGCACACCCCUUCAGGAGGGUAUCUGGGCGCUCUCUGCGCGAAACCCUGCUCUUUAUAAAGCACGUGUGAUCUCCCAUCUUCAGCCGGAUGUGGAUCUCGAUAGAUUCAGAAAGGCGUGGGAACGGGUAUUUGAGCUCAACGAUAUUCUUCGGACACGUCUUUUUUCUUCGUCAUCAGGCCUGUUCCAGGCAGUCCUACAAGAAUCAUUCGAGUGGGACACUGCUGAGGAACUUCAAACAUAUCUUGACAGGGCUGGGCAGGAACAAAUGGGUGUCGGAAGAAGGCUUGUCCGAGCCUGUCUGUUGACUGAGAAAGACCAAGCCACAUUCGUUCUUACAAUUCAUCACGCCCUGUGUGACAGAUGGUCUCUCAGACUGCUACUCGAGCAGAUUGAGAAGCAGUUGUCCCCAUUGCCUCCAUCAGCGCACCACGCAUUCUCUCCAUUUAUCGAGCACCUUGUCAAUAUUGCACCACAGUUCGAGAAAUUUUGGGUUGACCAGUUUCAAGGAUUUGAGGCUUCUCCAUUUCCCGUACUUCCAUCCCCGGAUUAUACGCCUACUGCACACCAUAUUUCCAGGUCAAAUGUCGGCCUGCCAAGGCGUGUUCUUCGCGACAGGACUCUGGCAAGCCAUCUUCGACUGGCGUGGGCUCUCGUUAUUUCGCACAAUAUCUGCUCGGAUGACGUUGUUUUCGGUUCUACUGUCACUGGACGAGGGUCGAACCUAAGCGGCAUCGAGACCUUGUCUGGUCCGACUAUUGCGACGGUGCCAUUUCGGGCAGUACUAAAUCCCGCCGGAACCGUCGCCGACGCGUUAGCUGCUAUCCAGGCACAGUCAAUUUCGAUGAUGCCGUUUGAGCAAGUUGGGCUACAGAAGAUCCAGAGGUAUAGUCCAGAAGCUGAGUCGGCCUGUAUGUUCCAGAGCACUUUGACGGUGCAGCAUGCCUUGCCCAAUUCUUUCACACUGUUCAAGGACUGUCAGGAAGGGGCAGCGACACCAGGGGGGUUUGCCUCUUAUGCUCUGUGUUUGGAGUGUUACCCGGACACGGAGGAGACCCAACUGGAGAUCCAAGUCGCGUACGACUCAAAUGUGAUACCGGCUACCCGCAUGGGGCGCUUGAUCGACCACUUCAGAUUUGCCCUGUAUGAAAUUAUGGAGGCGCCUGACAAAACAAUACGUGAGAUCCAACAUAUUAGUCCGUCUGACCUGAUUCAGCUCGGAAGGUGGAAUGACAACAUUCCCCCCCAGCUCCGACAGACCAUCCACGGCGUUGUUCAGGGCCAAGCUGAGAAGACGCCUCAUUCUCCAGCAGUAUCUUCGUGGGAUGGCGACCUCACUUACCAAGAGCUCGAGAGAUACUCUACGCAACUACGAGACGAGCUGCUGCUUCGUGGAGCGAAACCCGGUAUGCUAAUACCUCUGCUAUUUGAGAAAAGCCGCUGGGCAAUUGUGGCAAUGCUGGCGGUCUUGAAAGCGGGGGCUGGUAUCGUUGCAUUGGACCCGUCGUAUCCGGUCGACAGGAUGCGCGCAAUUUGUGGCCAGGUGCAAUCGCCUUUGGGUAUCUGUUCAGAGCGAUAUGCGGCGACUAUGGAGAAGAUUGGACCUAAACCUAUUAUUGCAUCGGAGUCCUCCAGCACUUGGGAUCGUGCCGUUGAGGAGUUGAACCUUCUGGCCGUUGAUGCGGAUGCAACGAUGUAUCUCAUCUUUACUUCCGGGUCUACGGGAGUACCGAAGGGGGUGAUUGUCAGUCAUGGCAGUUUCGCGUCGUCAACGUUGGCAUACCGAGCGGAGAUCAACCUCGACGCAAACUCCCGCUUGUUACAGUUCUGCUCGUUUGCAUUCGAUGUCUGCUUUGCUGAGAUCUUCGGCGCGUUGAUGGCGGGGGCUUGUCUUUGCAUCCCAUCUGACGCCGACCGUAUGAACGAUAUACACCACGCAAUGCGGAAGCUCCACGUUACCCAUGCAUUCUUUACCCCAUCAUAUGCUCGUUUGGUCAAACCAGACCAGGUCCCGUCCCUGAGGGUAGUGAUGUUGGCUGGCGAGCCCGUAAAAGCCUCGGAUGUGGAGCAUUGGGCUCCUCAUGUACGCCUGGUGAACGGCUAUGGACCAUCAGAAUGUGCGCCCAUUUCUGCUACUCAACACAUUGAUGGAAGUGCGGAUAUCCAGCCGCAGGACAUAGGUUAUCCUCAGGGUUGUGUGGCGUGGGUCUGCGAUCCCCGAGAUCACGAUAUUCUUCUCCCCGUCGGGGCUGUUGGCGAGCUGGUCAUCGAGGGGCCGAAUGUUGGUUCAGGUUAUUUUCAAAACGCUUCGGAGACGAUGAAAGCCUUCGUGGACGCUCCCCUGUGGCUUAAAGCGUUUCGCGGGCGUACAAGCAAGCGGGUCUAUAAGACGAAAGACCUCGUGCAUUACACUGAAGAUGGCCGUCUGCGCUACGUCGGCAGAAUAGGGCAACAGGCCAAGCUGAGGGGGCAGAGGCUUGAACCAUCCCAUGUGGAGCACCACCUCCUACAAGCGUUUGAGGGUGCAGUGGAAGUAGCUGCCAUUGUUGCCACACCAAAAGACGCAGGCGGCAGGGCAACUCUCGUCGCAUUUGUGCUUUCUGAGAAUGCUACUGCAAGGUCAGGAGAGGAUAUCUGCUUGCCUGCUAGUGAGGAAUUUUGCCUACUCACGGCCUCUGCGCGAUCCAAGUUGCAGCAAUCACUGCCAGAGUUCAUGGUUCCUUCUUUAAUGAUAUCAGUGUCAUCGAUGCCACGGACCCCGUCCGGAAAACUUGAUCGGCAACUGUUGACACUAGAGAUCACAAGCCGGACCUGGGAUCAGCUCAUGCAGUUCGAGACAUCUGUAGACUCCUCUCAUGUUGUCGUCUCUGACACGGAGAGGGAGUUGCAAGCAAUCUGGUCUCGAGUAUUGAACCUCCCUGUCAGUGCAAUCGGCACCAACAAAAGCUUCUUCCAACUCGGCGGAGACUCCAUCACGGCCAUGCUGGUGGUUGCCCAGGCUCGUGGUGGCCCGUUAAGUCUAAAUUUGACGGUAGAGGACAUCUUUCGCUUGCGAACUAUCUCCCAAAUCGCAACAGGCGCUACUGCUAAUUCAUCGGACCUCCCGCUGCUAGCCAACCACGAUCUGUUAGACACACCUUUCGACCUCUCUCCCAUUCAGCAGCUCUUCUUUGAGACAAACGGGCUACAGAAGCAAAACAGAUUCAAUCAUAACCUGUUCCUUCGCCUCAGGCAGCCUGUAACUUUCGACCAGCUAAGAUUGGCCAUCCAUGAAAUCGCAGAAGAGCAUCCGCUGCUACGUGCCCGGUUCUUGCAGAACGCAAAUGGCGAGUGGCAACAGCUUAUCCCCAGCGAGAUUGAGGGCUCAUAUGGCUGCAAGCACCAUAGACUGACCUCGGCGGACAUGGUGAAGAAAGUACUUGCGGGAAGUCGGCAAGCACUUGACAUAUCCGCCGGGCCUAUAUUCUCCGCCGAUUUGAUUGAGAUCAAUGGAAGUCAGAGCAUAUUUCUCCUUGCACACCACCUUGUGAUAGAUAUGGUUUCGUGGACCGUGCUGCUUUCUGACCUUGAGACGCUACUGCAGGGACGACCAAUCCCGAAAGGACAGUCGACGUCGUUCCAGACCUGGUGUAGUUUACUGGCUGCCCACGGACACAAAACGUUCUCAGUCCCCCAAGAGCUACCGCAAUGUGAUGCACUCCAGGACUUCUGGGGGACCUCUGACGGUCUCAAUACCAUAGGAGGGGCCCGCGAGAUGGUGAUACAAGUUGAUACCGCGACCACGGAGGCACUACUUGGCGAAGCCAACAAGGCCCUCGGUACACAACCAGUGGAGUUGCUCCACGCUGCUCUUCUGUUCGCCUUCACCACGACGUUUUCAGAUCGCCCCGCGCCAGUCAUUUUUACCGAAGCCCAUGGUCGCGAACCGUGGGAUUCAGGCAUCGACCUGACUCGGACGGUGGGAUGGUUUACUACCAUUGCUCCUGUGCCCGUCAAGGUGGAUGCGGCUCAUGAUAUUUUCACUGUUGUGGGCCGAGUGAAGGACACUCGGCGCAGACUCCACAAAAACGGAUUAGAGGCAUUUACGGCGAACUAUUUCAACACAAGGAAGCAGAGGACUAGCCCGGCUGGUAAGAUGGAGAUUGUUUUCAAUUACGGAGGACGGUACCAACAACAACUGGGUCAGGCUGGCUCCUUUUUCGAAGUAGAGUCGCUCCAAACUAUGAGCAUUUUCGACGCUGCAGAUGACGCGAGGCGAUGGUCCAUGGUUGAUAUCAACGCCUUUGUCGAAGAUGGAAAGUUAUCUUUCACAUUUACAUUCCCGCAAGGAUACAACGCGUCUCAGGCUGUUCAGUCAUGGACAGCUAGCUUGCGCAACUGUCUGAAUCUAGUGGCAUCUGAAUUCAGGAAUCAUCCGAGGAGCUACACCCUCGCUGACUUUCCCAUGUUAGACCUGGAUUAUCCCCAAUUGGACCAUCUUUUGAUGGCAUUGCACCGUGCCAACAUACAACCGCAGGAUAUUGAGGAAAUUUACCCUUGCUCACCCAUGCAACGGGGUAUACUCUUGUCCCAGGCAAAAGAUCCAUCUUGUUAUCAUGUUAUCAUGACAUGGGAGAUUGUCUCUGGGGAGAAGGGGACUGCUUCUGCUGAGAGGGCAAAGUCUGCUAUAGAGCAAGUCAUGGCACGCCAUGCAUCUCUACGUACAUGUUUUAUUGAGACGACCUCCGAGGUCGCAGCUUUCGAUCAAGUCGUCCUCCGUGAACCUCACCAUCAGAUCCCCAUUUUCCACAGUGGAGAGAAUGACACACGAGCACUGCUACAGAGUGACCAAUUCCAGCCCAGCCCUCACUCCCCACUACGCUUCUCAAUUCAUGUGUCCUGCGACCAGAAGGUCUACAUUCGGUUGGACAUAAGUCAUGCCCUGACUGAUGCAAAGUCAACUGAACUUUUGAAGCGGGACAUUUGCCUUGCAUAUGAGAACCAACUGAAUAGUCAGAGGGGGCCACUCUUUUCCAACUACAUCAGUUUUAUCCAAACUCGUGAUCAUGUGGAUGACGCGGAGUUUUGGGAUACGUACUUGGAUGGGAUUCAACCUUGUCAAUUCCCAGCCCUCACGGAACAGGUCAAUACUGAAAGUGGUGUUGCGAAAGACUACGUCUUUGACGCUGCUGGAGUUUAUGGAAUCGAAGCUUAUUGUCGGGAUCGCAAUGUUACUGCACCAAAUGUCUUUGGCCUCGCUUGGGCCCUGGUCCUAGGAUCUUACACAGGGGCGGAUGAUGUUUGCUUUGGUAGCCUCAACUCUGGAAGAGAACUGCCGUUCGAUGGGGCGCCUGAGAUUGUGGGUCCCCUUAUUAACCUGCUGACGAUGCGCGUGAAUCUCAAAGACGCCACUCUUCAACAGCUCGUUCGACAGGUCCACGCCGACUACGCCGCUGGUUUAGCCCACCAAACGUACCCCGUUGCCGAUAUUUUCCACCGAAAGGGACUCGGUGGACGUUCUCUGUUUAACACCGGAAUCUCUGUCGAACGAGUUUCCAGCCCACAAGAUGCGCAGUCCGCUACGGAGUUACGCCUUGUCCAGCGGGUAGACCCCACGGAAUAUGAUAUUGUGCUGAAUGUCGAAAUCGAAAAGACUCGGACGAUAGUCCAUCUCAGAUAUUGGUCUUCAUGUCUGUCCGACAGCCAAGCGCCGUUGAUUGCUGCUUGCUUUGACCAGGCUCUCAAAAUGAUCAUCAAUGAUGAUCACACUCCGGCGUGCCGAGUGAACCUCUUCUGUCAACCUCACCAGGACUUAAUCUGGCGCUGGAACAAGGUGCUGCCUAGUUCCCGUGACUGUCUUGUACAUGAUCUUGUCCAGCAACACGCAACCAAAAAUCCCGAUGCUCCUGCAGUAUGCAGUUCGGAGAGUACGCUCACAUACGCGGAAGUAGAUGUUCAUUCGACCGCACUCGCCCACUACCUAUCACAACAGGGCAUCGGGACGGAAACUUUUGUUCCGCUUUGCUUCGAAAAAUGCAUAUGGACCGUCGUGGCCAUUCUGGCCGUACUCAAGACUGGGGCAGCUUUUGUCCUUCUUGAUCCCGGCCACCCUGACCAACGGCUAGAGACCAUCUGUCAAGAUGUGGGCAGCCCGCUUCUGCUCUCAUCACCCACCCAGGCGGCGCGAUGCGCUCGACUUUCCAGCACUGUUGUUGUAGUAGGAGGAACACAAGAUCUUUGGCGCGGUCUAUGCCCAGCGGGGUCAAGUCCGCUGCUAUCCGCUGCCACGCAGCCAGGGCCAAAUAACGCCGCCUACGCUGUCUAUACGUCCGGCUCUACCGGUAAGCCAAAGGGGAUUAUAAUCGAGCAUAGGUCCCUCUGUUCAAUGAUCCAUGCGCAGGCCCCUAUAUUGGAUAUGACUCCGUCCGCCAGAAUGUUACAGUUUUCAUCUUAUGCAUUCGACGUUAGUAUCUUUGAGAUGCUCAUGCCGUUGAUGACAGGGGCCUGUGUAUGUAUCCUGUCCGAGGUGGAGAGGAGAGACCGUUUUGUGGAAACGGUGGUAUCUCUCCAGGUUUCCCAUGCCCUCCUCACCCCAUCAUUCUCCCGGCUUAUAUCACCGGAUGCGCUUCCAGACCUUCAGGUCCUCGUUUGUGGUGGAGAAGCGAUGACACAGCACGAUAUGAAGCGCUGGCUUGGUCAUGUCAGACUUAUCAACCAUUACGGCCCCGCUGAGUGUUCCGUGUGCUCGGUCGUCCAGCCUAAUAUCAACACAACAUCUCGCGUCGGCGAAAUAGGCUGGGGUGUCGGCUGUGCAACUUGGGUCGUCGACACAGACGAUCACGAGCGCCUGGUUCCAGUUGGAGCUGUUGGCGAACUAGUCAUUGAAGGGCCAAUCGUGGGUCGUAAGUAUCUUAAUAAUCCGACUGCGACUCAAACAGCAUUCAUUGAGCCCCCGCAAUGGUUGCACAACAUGCGAUCCUCCCUUGGAUCGAACAACCGGCUCUACAAAACCGGCGAUCUUGUGCGAUAUGGCUCGGAUGGCAGAUUGUACAUCCUUGGACGCAAGGACACUCAAAUUAAAAUCAGAGGGCAGCGUCUGGAACUUCAGGAGCUGGAACACCAUGUUCAUCGAUGCUUUGGAUCUGCCGGGAACGUGGUGGUAGAGCUGGUUCGCAACGGACCUGACGGCAACCCGAGACUUUUUGCAUUCAUUGGCUCAACAAAGGAAAUGUCCAGUCAGUUCGACGGGUUUAGUGUCGCCGGAAAAGAGUUCCGCGACUGUGCUGCGGCUGCCAGUAUGAAGCUGUUUGAGAGCCUGCCAUCCUACAUGGUUCCAACCUACUUCAUCCCAUCGGCUACACUGCCCUUGAAUUCAUCUGGCAAGGUCGAUCGCAAGCGACUUCAAUCAUUAGCAGCAGCUUUCACCCCUGACCAGCUAAAGGAUUACUGCCCUUCAGCAGGAGGCCAGCGCAAGCCCUCAUCUCCGGAAGAAAAACUCCUCCACGCCAUCUGGGUCGAUGUUCUAGGCGUCGAACCGGAGACUAUUGGCGUUGACGAUCAUUUCUUCCAAGCUGGGGGUGAUUCCGUCAAUGCGAUGAGGGUUGCAGCAUCUGCACGAAAACAAGGACUCAACAUAGUCGUUGCAGAUAUUUUUGCUCAUCCUCGGCUCGAGGCACUAGCUAAAGCCGGAACUAGAGGCAAAGUCGAACAGUUUGCUCCGGCGCCUUUCUCGCUGUGCCCUGUGUCAGAUCCUGAGCUUUUCACUAUGCUGCUUCGCGUCCGGCGCACAAUCCCAUCAGACUCCCAUGUUGUGGACAUCCUACCUGCCUCGGCUGCUCAGUCCUUCUUUCUGACUAGGCCUACGCUGCACCACUUCACUUUUGAUAUUGAGGGUAGUCUGGACAUUCGCCGACUGCGCGAUGCCUGUGACAAAGUUUUCAACAUGUUCACGGUCUUGCGUACCGUUUUCGUCCCACACGAAAAACAGAUAUUGCAAGUGAUUAUCGACAAAGUCGAUACCCCGUUCCAUCACUUUGUGGUAGAUGGGGCUAUCCCGGACGUCAGGGAGCGCCUGCUGACUGCCGACCGUCAGCAUAUUCCCCUUAUGGGACAGUUGGCCUUCGCUUUUGUGCUUAUAUCCCAUUCUGAUGGGUCACGCCAUUCGCUGAGUUUCCGUAUCUCACAUGCGCAAUGGGAUGGACUGUCCAUAGCGGAAUUGUUUGGCAGCGUACAGGAGGCAUAUCAUGAAAGGCCGUUGACUCCUAGUACGCCCUUGUCGACCUAUAUCUAUUACCGGGCGCUGCGUGACAAAUCGCAUUCCCUACAGUUCUGGAGAGAAUACCUUCAGGGUUCGACAAUCACCCGCAUCACCGACGUUCCUAGUGAACUCACUGAUCUCAGCCAUGGAGACACCAUCUGGGAAAACACAAACCUCCAACCAGCCCCAGAGCCACCACUGGGUAUUACAAUGGCCAGUGUAGUCAAGUCUGCCUGGAGCUUGGUGUUGGCCCGGGAAAGAGGGGCGCGGGACAUCGUCUUCGGCCAAACGGUGAACGGCCGCAGUUCUCCUCUGCCUGACAUCGACCGAAUUCUGGGCUGUUGUCUGAAUUUCAUUCCUGCGCGCAUCCAGCUCCAAGAGUCAUGGACGGGCCGUGACCUCCUCCAGCACGCACAAUCACAAUACCAAAAGUCUGUUCAACAUGACGACAUUGAGCUGCAGGAGAUCAUUGACCAUUGUACGGACUGGCAGAGUGGGACCGACUUUAAUAGCAUUGUCCAGCAUCAAAAUAUCCCCCUGAACCAUACGAUGCCACUGGGGGACUUCCAGUCCACGUUUUCGCCGAACGGAUAUUUCCGUCCUGGUCCUGAACUUUUUAUCUUUACUGAGCCCUUCGGUGAUAUUCUGAGCGUCCAAUUAUGUGUGAACCCCAAUAUGAUGGGUUUGCCUCGGGCGCAGUCCUUGCAUCAGAGACUUGUCCAGUUGAUAGUGGAUCUGUGUCGCUCUCCUGAUGAACCGAUCUCAUGCUUCCUCGGGUAA